AUGGCUGCUGCGGGGGACGAGAUCUGGGCUGGGAUGCGCGUGCUCGCCAUCGACAAGGACCGCGUCUGCCUCAAGAUCCUGGAGGCCACCCUGCACCGGUGCAACUACAACAACGUGACAUCGGUGAUGGACGCGAAGACGGCGCUGCAGAGGCUGAGGGAGGCGAAGGAUCCGUUCGAUCUGGUGAUCAGCGAGCUGCACAUGCCGGACAUAGAUGCCUUCAAGCUCCUCCGGCACAUCGCCGUCGAGCUGGGUAUACCCGUCAUCGCUACAAGUUUUAAUGCAUGA